AUGCUCAUCAACAAUUUUACGUUACCUGAUUUGGUUGAUUUAGCCUUGAAAGUGCCGGAACUGGGAGUUGUAAACUUUAACAUUCUUCACACUGUCCUACAAGCUAUGAUAUCGGAGUUAGGCUUAACAAAUUCGAGACCCUGGUGCAACAUUCAGAGUCCACUGAAUGCCGCAGCUGCCCUUACGCAAGCCAAGCUAAAAGGGGAUGUUCGAAGAAGUAGUGUGACAGGUUCUAGUAUGACAGAGAAACAUGACGAACAAACUGAGUCACGGAGAUCAGUAAGUUCAGAAGCGAACAUAUCAGUGUCUCUUGAAUCGAAAGAAACUCAGACGAAUCUCAUCUCUGAGAAAGAAGAAACCGAGAGGAUUAAAAAGGAGGUAAAAACAGAAGAGGAAGAGACUCCAGAAUCAACCCAGGAUCAGGAAAUCGAAAAAACAGAAGCAAAAGAUUUGACACCAGAUUUGAAAUCAGAACCUCGUCCUGAAGAAACAGGGUUGAAGGAAAAGAGCCCGAAAAAACGUGAAGACCUGAAGCUAGCGAGAGUUGCUUUGGAAAGUGCACAACAACAAGUUAGACUUGAACAAACGGAGGAAGGACUCAUGCGACUAAAUGAGACUGUUGACUGGCUCGUUGAUAAGAUUAAGAAAAACGAAGCACGCAGACCAGGAGGUCCAUCUUCUGCUGAAAUUGAAGCGCUUGAAGAUAGGGUAUUUGAUCUUGAAGAAGGAAGAGAAAUCUGGGAUAAUGAUCAUAUAUUACUUUUGGAAGUUGAAGAGAUUGUGAAUCAAAUGCAAAAGGAAUUUGAAGUUAUAAAAGCUCUCGGAAAUGAUUUAGAAAUUGUACUUUUGGAAGUUGAAGAGAUUGUAAAUCAAAUGCAAAAGGAAUUUGAAGUUAUCAAAGCUCUCGGAAAUGAUUUAGAAAAAGCGGAUAUUACAUUAGUAAACACCAAAGUGGAUCAAGUUGAAUUCGAAACUGCAUUUGAGGAACUAGGUGAAGCAAUAGGGCUACUUGGAAUAAAAUUCCAAAAGAAAAAUGAUGAAUGGGAGGUACGAGCAGCUGAACUUUGGGAUGCUGUGAACAGUAAAAUGACGAGAGACGUGUUUGAAUCUGCUCGCAUUAAAAUUGAAGAACGUCUAACAGCACUCAUGUAUGGUCUAAAAACACUCAAACAAGUAGUCGAGGAACUUUUAUAUCCAGAUUCUGGUGGUGUUACCAGGUGUAUUACUUGCAGGCGACCUGCGGAUAUUGCCGGCCACUCAAAAUUUUUAUCUUUGUUUCAAAAUGCCAACUUAGAACUGCUUGCCAAACGCUUAGAACAACAUUUUGCCAAAUUUAAGUGGUUAUCCAGACAUGAUGUGAUAAUCUGCCUAAGUAAUGAUGAAUGGGAGGUACGAGCAGCUGAACUUUGGGAUGCUGUGAACAGUAAAAUGACGAGAGACGUGUUUGAAUCUGCUCGCAUUAAAAUUGAAGAACGUCUAACAGCACUCAUGUAUGGUCUGAAAACACUCAAACAAGUAGUCGAGGAACUUUUGUAUCCAGAUUCUGGUGGUGUUACGAGGUGCAUUACUUGCAGGCGACCUGCGGAUAUAGCCGGCCAUGUAUGCAUCAAUUUGUCUAUGAGCCCAAAGCGACCCUUUCAGUCCUCAAAAGACAGCUCAUUUGAAGACAAAGAAAAGGUUCCUUACAGUAGUCCAACCUACAGAAGCGCAACUGAUAAUACAGAUAUCCAAAGUCGUAUGAAAAUGUAUUUGGCACCUAUAAACAGGACUUCUAAAAAAGAAAAGAUGUUUACUCCAAUACCUAAACCAGAAAGCAAUUCCAAUCAAAGGGAUAUUUACUUUACAAACUUGAAGUAA